AUGGGGAGUUCACGCAAGGAUGACGUGUAUGAAGAUGGUCUGGGAGCUCUCAGCAUCAGGGAACUUGUGGAGAGUGCCUUGGAGCAGGAAGACAUCAUGCCCGUGGUACGGCUGGUAUUCGACGCGCCGUCAGCCUCAGCGCUGCCGAACGGCAGGGACGAGUCGCGCAACGACCCCUCAGACGAGGAGGAGGACGAGGGUGACGAGGACGGCGAGGGAGGGUUGCCGCUGAACGGGCGCAGCCGGGGGCGCGACGCGAAGCAAGCCGGCGGCGGCAGCCGGGCGGCGGCGGUCAUCGCUAUGCUGCACCAGGUUUCCGAGGAGCAGGUGCAGGAGAUCUCGCAGGUCUGCAGGUCGAACACGGACGAGAUUGCGGGGAGCAUGCAGGAGCUGGAGCGCAUGCAGGCAAGCGUGGAGGAAUUGCGCGAGCAGGUGGGGGAGGCGCAGACUGGACUGCAGGGCUUGGGAGAAGGACUGCUCAAGAUCCUGGAAAUGCUGCAAGAAGCCUCGCACGUCCUGGGCGCCAUCAGGGAGUCCCGAAAGGCGGUGGAGGUGGCAAUCCGUUUGCUGCAGAUGACGGCGGCGGCGGGGCACUUCCUGCGGGAGAACCGCCUCUACAAGUCCUUCCGUCUGCUGCAGCGCAUCCGUGAAUCCCUGCCAACUUCCUCCUCAGCCGACGAUGCCAAGCCCGGGCCGGCGCUGACAUCAGCGCGGGGCAGCAUGUCGCGGACGAUGUCAUCAAAGGGCGGCGCCCCGGAUGCAGCUUCAAUGGCGGCUGCGGGGGAGAGGAACUCGGGGCUGCAGCUGGGCAACCUGCAGAAGGUCCUGCUGGAGCGAGUUGACACACUGACUAGGGCGCUCGAGCAGAAGGCAGUCACAGACUUCAACGACUGGCUGGUGAGCGUGCGAGCGGAGGCCCGGGUGGUGGGCAUGCGCGUGCUGUGCCGCGCGGCUGCGGACCGCGCCCGGGAGGAAGCUGCCGCGCGGCAGCGGCGGCAGCUGCACGCGCAGCUGCCCGCCAUUGCCGAGGCUGGCCGAACGCCAACCGGCGCUGCCGAUGGUGGCAGUUCAGGAGAGGCACUCCGGCUCGAUCCCAAGGCCAACCCAGCAGCAGCAGAAAUUCUGGCUGACCCUCCGCCUGACAGCGGCAGCGAAGUCCUCGGCAACAUCAAUAUGACGCUGCUGCUCAGGUGCGUGCAGGUGCACGGCUGCCUGGGGCGGCUGGGGGCGUUCCAGGAAUCCUACCAGCGCAACCGGCGGCUCCAGCUCAACAGCGAUUUAGCGCCCCCGGCCAACUUCCUGGAGGGUUAUAGACCCUUCAUCGCGCAGCUGGCCGGCUUCUUUGUCAUCGAGGACCGCGUGCAGCGUCGCUGCCACGCACUUUGCGCCGGCGCGCAGGCGGAUGCUGGGUGGGAGACGGCGGUGGCAGUGUUGAAGACGGUGCUGAACAUUGCAUUUGACACCACCACUUCUGCGGCCGCCAUGUUGCGCAUGAAGGACUUUGUGCUGCUGGUCUGCUCAGCGCUGGGAAACUGCGGGUACCAUGUAGUGCCCGUGCAGGAGAUCCUGAUGAGCGGCCGCGCCAAAUACCAGGAGCUGCUCUGCACCGCCCUGGCCGCCCAGCUGGCAGCUCAGGUGGCGCAUCCGACCAGCCCGGCAGCGCUGGCACUGUGGGCGCAGGAGUCGCCGCUGUUGCCGGCUGAGGUGCCGGACGAAGCCACUGCGGCUGCGCUGCGCGCUUUGGGCCUGCCGCUGUCGCUGGCCGCCGAAGAUCUGCCGCUGCCGCCGUUCGCCGCGCCGUUCUCCGGCGUCGUUCCCUUCCUCCUGCGCCUCUUCCGCGGGUUCGUGGAGGACUGCGUGGCGUACCUAACAGGCCUGGUAUCAUCUGCCGAGGUGCUGCCGGUCGUGCGGCAGCAGCGCGACAAAAUGCUCGCGCGCGUUGCUAUCGGCGCGCUGCAGGCGAGCCUUGAGGCGCUAUCGAUGCGCGACCUGGGCCGAGCAAUGCAGGCGGUAACAGAUGCAUGGGCGCUGGGCGCGGCCAUGCCGGCCCUCGACGAAUUCACCUACCUCCGCGCCAGGGGUGGGGAGAUGAGGGAGCGGGUGGGCAGCAGGUCCCCUCGCAAGGAGCAGAGGGGGGCCUUCCAGAUCAGCAGUGCCAGCACCUCCUCAGGUGCGGCAAACCUGCAGGCGCACUGGGCUGGGCUGCAGGAGGCUGCGGAGCGAGUGGUUGUGCGCGUGCUGGCACGAGCAGCGGCGUGGUUACCAGAGCUGCCACCAAAGGCCGCGGCCGGCUCUUCGCCCUACAUCAACGAGAUCCUAGACUUCCUUACGGAUUCGUUGAAUCUGGGAGCCCGUAUGCUGCCGCGGGAGCCGUACUGCGCCGUGUCUCGCGCGGCGAUGACAUUCCUGGGGGACGCCGUAAUGGACCUGCUCACCGAGGACGCCAUCCCAGCCUACAACAUGUACGCGCUGCAGCAGCUGAGCAAGGACGUGGCCAAACUCAAAGCCUUUGCCGAAGCCUCUGAUGUCCCCGACAUGGUGGAAGGUCUGGCGGAGCCGGAGCAGUUCUGCCGGCUGAUGACGAGCAACACGCUGGAGGAGCUGCUGGACGCCAAAGCGCGCUCGGAGCACUACGCUGCAAUGAAUCUGCGCCGCCUCUGCACCGUCCUCAACAAGUACAGGGAGAUUGGAGACAAGGCAUCUUACACUGGCAGUCACUCAGUCAUCCGCAGCAAGCAACCAGAGGUGGACAAGGUCAUCAAAGCGCUGAAGAACGUCCAGCCAGGCGACUGA